AAGAAAAGUUUCGAAACAAGAUGCACAGUUCUUUUCGUCCAUCUCCUAGUCAGGCUUCACUGCGACUGCGCGUUCCAUCUGACUUGCUAGCUUCAAGAGUGUGGAAACCCAGGGAAAAUCCCCUGAAGUGCAUUCGGAUGGACGUCACGGGGAUAGACUCCGAGGGCCGUGAAUUCAAGAGCGCGGAGGAGAUGUGGAGGGAAGAGGUUGGGGAUGGCGACCCCCUAAAGAAAUCGCAGUGGUACUCUCAGGGCGUUAGCUAUUGGCAGGGCGUGGAGGCAACGGUGGACGGGGUGCUGGGAGGGUACGAGCACGUGAAUGAGCCUGAUAUACAGGGUAGCGAGGCAUUCUUGAAUGCUCUCUUGUCUGAAAGAUUUCCUGAUGCUGGCAGCGGGAGGCGUCUCGUUACUCUUGAUUGUGGCUCCGGGAUAGGGAGAAUCACCAAGAACCUUCUCAUAAGAUAUUUCAACGAGGUUGAUCUUCUUGAGCCGGUUUCGCACUUUCUGGAGACUGCACGCAGAAAUUUGUCCCCAGAGAACUUGAUGGUCACAGAUGAACAUAAAGCUGCCAAUUUUUUUUGCAUUCCACUUCAGGAAUUCACGCCUGAGCCAGAAAGGUAUGAUGUUAUAUGGAUUCAGUGGUGUAUUGGCCACCUUUCAGAUGAUGACUUUGUAUCGUUCUUCAAAAGAGCGAAGGCUGGUCUCAAACCUGGUGGCCUUUUUGUUCUUAAGGAGAAUAUUGCAAGAAGUGGUUUUGUAUUGGAUAAGGUAGACAAGAGCAUUACAAGAUCGGAUUUGUACUUUAAGCAGCUCUUCGACCAAUGUGAACUGCAUGUUUACAAAACCAAAGAUCAAAAUGGAUUUCCUGAUGAAUUAUUUGCUGUGAAGAUGUACGCAUUGACAUCUGAGGUGCUGCCCAAGAGAGCCCCAGUAAGGAGCACAAGAUCCGCGUCUAAGAAACGUGCCAAUAGACCCGCCAUCAUCAAAUGACACACAGCCAGACACUGGGAAAUCAUUUUAUUCUGGAUUGGCAGAUAAGAAAAUUAUAGAUUGUGGAAAUGUUUGUCGAUUGAUCGUUUGUUUCAUGAGACGUUUGAAGUUAACUCAGAUGAGUUGGAAUACUGUCAUGACUACAAUUAUUCUUGCUACCUUACACUCAGCCAGUAUUUAUAGAAGGUGAAAACAGAGGGUGUAUUUGGUUACUGAUUGGGUUAAGGUUGAUAUUUUGUAAAUAUUUAAUUUAAGAUUGUGUUCAUUCACAUAUUAUUUUUAAUAAUAUUAUAUAUAUAUAUAUAAUGUGCUAUCUCA